AGUCAGGUAGGUAGAUUUAAGAUGGUAGGUAUAAGGUAGGUAGAUAUAAGGUAGGUAUAUAGAUAUAAGGUAAGUAGUAGAUAUAUAAAUGUUCCAAACAUUCCAAAUGUUCCAUGGCGAAUAUCAGACCAUGCAAACAUGUAAACAUGCAUUUAGAUUCAAACGAUACAAAAGAGAAGAGACAAAAAAACAAAAGACAGAAAAAAAGGGUGAGAAAUAAGAAAAGGAAAAAAAGAAGACAAAAAAAGAAAGAAUGCAAAAAUGGGCCAGGAUUCAUGCAGCAUAGUAAUAGUAUGUUAACAGUAACAGUAGCAUUGCAAUGACAUGUUACGGACAUGAAAAUAAAAAAAAUAAUCACAAAAGGAAGUGAUAUGAAUGAACAAGCUCAUUUGCAACCUAAU